AAAUACAAAGGGCAGAUUUUUUCCUCUUCUGACUGACUCCUUUUAAUCCAUUAGGCCAGAUUUCCUUUCUGUUCUAGGCAAUGUCAGUACUAGAUUAACGCAUUACAAAUAGCUUGGUGGUGUGAUCUAGAAUAGUAGCCAAAUCUCAGCUCUGAGGAGCCACUGCCCUUCAUAGUUGAUAUUUUGCAUGUUCUAAUACAAAUGAUUCAACUCAUAAGUUAAUUACCCAGGGUUGAGGUGCAUUAGAAUAGGGAAAACAGCUAAUCCAGUCAUUCCACAAGCCAAACGGCAUUUUCAAAACUGCAUCUCAACUCCAACUCCAAUGCAUUCUUAUUAUAAAACUUUUUUUUUUGGGGAAUCCUUACUCUAAGAUUAAUGAGUAAUUUCUGCACUGUUGCAAAGCCUCAUACACUACAGUCAUACUUUCUUUAAAGCAAAGUUGUUUAAAAAAGAACAAAGUCCCUGGAAAAUAAGGGAUCUGCUCAUUUCGUAAGUUGGACCACAUCAGUUUCAUUUUCAGCUCAAAGUGUGACCUCUGGCACUCGUGUUACUGAGCAUCAGUUCCUGUUCCAGUUUAGAAAGCAGAUGUUUAUAGCUAUGUGAAAGAAUCUGCUGUUGUCCUCUCUUAUCUUGGUUGUCAGAAAGAGGUAACUGAAGACCUGAACUGAACAGUGGAUUAACCUACACUGCUGGGAUCCUUAUCGUCCUUAUAAAAUCCAUUAUCCUGGUUUGAUUGGACAUGCUGGGAGAGAGCUUCAUACAUCUUUUAAAGUACAGACAAGAGGACACACAUUCACCAGAUAUUACCAAGGCAUCAUUCACUCCCCCUACAAACAGCAUCCAAGGCUCCCACAGUCUCUCUCAGGUGAAAGACAUACCACCGCCUGUCAAGCCAGCAUUGUCAGAUGUGAAGCAUGUGGAGAAACGGUCAGGAUACAAGGCUCCUAAGCCCAGCUCUGACCUGUACCUCUGUAAGCCCUGUGUAAGUCUGAGUCAAAGUCUGGAGCCCAGCAGUGUCUUGAAUAAGAAAUGCCAAACCAACCCUCUGCAACUGAGCAGCCUCUCCGACAGCCAAGAGUUUCACCUUGACUCUAUGAAACAGCAAGAGUGGCACACAUCAGAUGUGGAUGACUCCAGUCCCAAACAGCUUCGGUUCAUUCCCCAGCAGGCCGAUGUACCUGAUGAUGGCUACCUGGUCAUGGACAGCAGCAUCAUGCUGAACGGACAGCCGCCAACAAACUCCAUGAUCAACGGUUACCUGGAUAGAAAGCUCCAAGAAGUGUACAGCCAGUACUUGCAGGAGAGGCUGGCGUGCCCUGGGUCUUCUCCAGGUUGCAGCCUGCUUCCGCUCCUUCCCCAGCCCAGCCUGCCUCAGCUCAGUCAGCAUGCAUACCUGGACUCAAGCCUGGACAUCGAGGCCAGACCAAACCAAAUGACCCACAAUGUCACCACCAGUCAGGGGCACCACAGCCAGCGGGCCAGCUCCGUCUUCAGCUCUCCAGUGCUACGCAUUUCCAAUGCAGAACAGCCCAAAAGGCCUGGGCACUGUGACUGUCUGUGAAAAUGUUUAAAGUUAAUAGCGUCUACAGAGACUUUCAAUGACAAAAAAGUCCAUUUAAACUGAAAGAAAUAAAACAGUAUACAAUUUGUAAGUAAAUUACAACAGGACAGUUGUCAAUUUUAUAAUUGUUUCUCCAUAUCAACA